AUGGCGUCAGCGUGUCCUCAAGCCGGCAUCCCCACAGAUGAUGAGCAGGCCACCGGUCUGGAGAAGAUUGUGUUGGAGGCGUCAAAGAGAGGAACUGAUCCAUAUAGCAUCUUAAAACCGCAGGAGUACGCAGGCUCCAAACAAGACCCUCAUAUUGUCCCCUCCAUAACCAACAAGAGGAUUGUUGGUUGUGUUUGUGAAGAGGACAACACUGCAGUGGUAUGGUUUUGGUUGCAUCAGGGAGAGGCCCAGCGCUGCCCAUCCUGUGGCACUUACUACAAACUUGUUCCACACGAGUUACCCCACUGAAAUAUACACUUCACAGCAGAGACACUCCCAUCCUGACUCAAACACCAUAGAUACUCUUAUUAAUGCACAGUCCCCUUCGAUGUUCCCUGUUCUGAAGAAUAGAAUUGCACUUUAUAGGGGCCUUGUUAUUUCUUUCUCAUUAGAUGCUUCACAAAAGCAGAUAAAGCAAUUUAACAUCAAGAAAACAGGCUUUCUUCAAAUCUGAAACGCAAGAUUCGGCAGGGUUUUCCUAAUUGUGAAUGUUGGUUUCAUUAUUUUUGGAGGAGUAGUUUACAUGCCCUGUUGUUUGCUGUGCAGUAUCAGCUGCUUAAACAUUCCAGAUUUUCCUUACAAAUGCAAUGCAUUCCUUGCCCUGUUACAUAAAUGAGCUGUUACUUUAGCACAUUCUUGCAAAAGAGAUGUCUACAGGCGUUGUCUUUGAUUUUUCAAUGUUUAGACAAAGAUAGUACAUUCCUGAUUAUGUGGGACU